AUGGCCGGCGUCCCACCUAUUACGCAGGCCCACCCACCGGCAUUGGACAAUUCUUUGGGCGCUAUUCUGCUAGGCGUGGUCGUGUCUGCAAUGUCCGUUGCAUUCCGUUUUUUCAUAGCAAACGCUGAACAAGACUUGAACAGGCUGUUUGGUUCGACCACACAACAUGUUUACUAUUACUACCACUACUACCCACACGACAGCCCUCUUCAGAAGAUCGCAGUUGCCUUGCUCUGGAUACUUGAUGGCUUCCACAUUGGCUUGACGAUAUCCGCCCUUUACCAUUACAGUGUGCGCGGCUUUGGGAACUUCUUCGGUUUACGACGAGUACUCUGGUGUGUUUGGUCUGUGAAGCUACUCGUUCUGAUCAAUGUUGUCAUCGUCAUGAUAGUCCAGGCCUUGUAUGCUUACCGGGUAUGGAGGCUCAGCGGAUUUCAUAACGGAGUUCUCCGCUAUCUCGUGGCUGCUGUUGUGCUCGGGGGGUUUGCUAUUGGUCUCGUUACUGCCGCAGAGACCUAUACGCUCGAAACAUUUGCUGAUACGACAACGAUCUCGUGGGCAGUCGAGGCUUCGCUCGCUGCGUCAACCACCAUCGACUUCCUUAUUGCUGCAGCGAUGUGCUACUACCUGAGCAAAAGCAAAGGCAUCGGCAGCGUCCUCAAUUCGCGCAUUUCGCUCCUCAUGCAAUAUUCGCUGUCCUGUGGUGUGUUCACCAGCGCCUGCUCCAUCUCGACGCUAAUUGCGUUCAUUCUCAUGCCCAAUAAUCUGAUAUUCCUCGCCCUCACAUUUCUCCUCACGCGCUUAUACGUCAAUUCAUUCCUUGCCAUGCUGAACGCCCGCCGAAAUCAUAGAAACUCGCCCAGUUCCAAUGCUGGACAAUCAGAAGGCCCCGGAAGUCGUAGUAUGGGCCUUCCGUACUCAUUCACUGGCCACGGAUCGCUCGCGCAGCGUAGCAUGGAGAUCGAGAGUAUCACUCAUUCGGGGCCAUCACAAUCAAACAUGCUGGACUUGUAUUACCAGCAACAACAGCCUCGCCCAACUGCGAGUACGCCGAUGGCCAUGCACACGAGCGGAGACUUCAAGACACAGAAUUGGAGUGCGCCCGCAACAGUCCCGGCUGCAGCACGAAGAUUUGAACACGUCUAUGCUAGACAAUGGUAG